AUGUCCAACGAACAGACCAAAACCGAGAGCAUCACUGUCGAUGCCGGCGCUCCGUCGACCGUCCCCGAUGGAGAACCUGUAGUCGCCCUUUCCUCAUCGCCCGGAGAUCGGCGAGCCAGCACCGAUGAAUGGGACGCCUCCAAGGUACCCCCGAGCCGAUUCCAGAAGCGUAAAGGCUCUAUCUACGCCACACCCGGCUCUCGUGAUGGCCAUGUUGAUCGCAAUUAUGCCUCUGGCUUCCACGAGAAGCACACGGAGAAGGGCUACACAAAGACGCCGUCGAAGUGA